UGAAGAAGAAAAGUUUGAAAUUUUUUAUUUGCAAAAUAAUUUGGUGAAACAGUAUGUGGGUAUUGAAUAUUUUGUAGGAAGAUUCUUGUUUAUGCCAUUUUUAUAUCCUCCGGCAAAUGAGCUUCCCACUGGGUUUUGACAAAUCUAUGUUUGUUGGUUGCAUAAGCUUGCUGUCUCCGACAAAUUAGUUGUUCCACCAUUUUUCAUGACGGGUCUAUUUCUCUUUGAACUUAGCGUUUUUUCUUAUGAGUUGAAGAAGAAUGACUCGACAAAUAUAACGUCAUUGAACUUAGCGUUUUGCUAUUUUGAUAACCUGCUUUAGAUCCCUCUUUAAAUUUGUAUACUUUUGAAAAUUGGUUUUUGUCUCAACUUCUAAUAAAAUAUCUCUGCUGGUAAUGGUUCAAACUCAAAAAUGGAUUUUGCAGUAAUUUUUUGAGUUAAAAAGUAAGAAAAGAGUUUGGAGAAAAAAAAGAGGCAAGAGUGAGAAAGAAAGAGUAUGUAUACGCGCCUAUUUUCAGGUGAAAACACGUAACUUGCCACAUCAGCAUUGUAUUACUUCAAGUGUUCAAUAGGUAUAAGACUAAGUUAAAGGAUCUAAGUGGAAUUUACUACCAAAAUUAAGGGGCCACCUAUGUAUUUGGCCUAAAUUCAAAGGAAAGGAGAUGUGUCGUCCCAACUUUUCAGAAAGGUUAGCUCUUCUUUCCCAAAACUACUCUUGAUAUAUAAAAUUCUAAAGCUGAACUGAGCAGCUAAGAGUAUACUCUAAAAAUGGAAGAAAUAACCAGCAAAUCUCAUGUUCUAGUUCUCCCUUUUCCUGUACAAGGGCACAUAAAUCCAAUGGUUCAAUUUUCCAAACGUUUAGUAUCAAGAGGGGUUAAAGUUACCUUAAUCACUAUAGAUUCUAUUAGCAAAUCCAUUCCGAAGGACUCAAAUUCAAUCAAAAUUGAGUCAAUUCCACAUGAUGAGUCACCACCAAAUAGUAUUGAUAUUUUUCUUGAAUGGUUCUUUACUUUAAUAUCUAACAAUUUGAGAGAAAUUGUUAAGAAAUUAUCUGAUUCUGAAUAUCCUGUGAAAGUUCUUGUGUUUGAUUCAGUUGCUACUUGGGCAAUUGACUUAGCACAUGAGUUAGGAAUUAAAGGGGCUGCUUUUUUUACACAAUCUUGUUCUCUUAGUGCUAUAUAUUAUCAUUUGGAUCCAGAAAUAAGUAAAAUUACUUUGGAUGGUUCUGCUGUUUCUUUGCCUUCACUUCCAUUGUUAGAAAAGGAAGAUUUGCCUUCUUUUGUUUAUCAGAGUGAAUCAUAUCCUGCUCUUGUAAGACUUGUCUUCAGCCAGAAUAUUAAUUUCAAGAAAGCAGAUUGGCUUUUUUUCAACACAUUUGAUGUGUUAGAGGAGGUGGUCGAUUGGAUGAGGACUCAAUAUCCAAUCAAAACAAUUGGACCAACUAUUCCAUCAAUGUAUCUUGACAAGAGACUAAAAGAUGACAAAGAAUAUGGCUCAAGUCUUAUCAAACCCAAUGGUGAAACUUGUAUGAAAUGGCUAGAUUUGAAAGAAAUUGGCUCAGUUGUUUAUGUAUCAUUUGGAAGUUUGGCCAGUCUAGGAGAAAAACAAAUGGAGGAAUUAGCAUUGGGAUUAAUAAUGAGCAACUCCUACUUCUUGUGGGCUGUUAGAGAUACUGAAGAAAACAAACUUCCAAAUGAAUUCAAGUCCAAAGCAUCAGAAAAAGGACUAAUUGUGAAUUGGAGUCCUCAACUUGAUGUUUUAGCUCAUAAAUCAGUUGGAUGUUUCUUUACUCAUUGUGGAUGGAAUUCGACGCUCGAAGCGUUGAGUUUGGGAGUCCCAAUGGUGUGUAUGCCUCAGUGGACAGAUCAACCAACUAAUGCAAAAUUUAUUAGUGAUGUAUGGCGAACGGGAAUUCGAGUUAAAGCUGGAAAAGAUGGUGUAAUUACAAGAGAAGAAGUAGCUAGUUCUAUUAAGGAAGUGAUGGAAGAAGAGAAAGGAGUAAUGCUAAAAGAGAAUGCAAUUAAAUGGAAAACUUUGGCUAAGGAAGCAGUAGAUGAAGGAGGAAGUUCUGAUAAAAAUAUUGAAGAAUUUCUUUCAACUUGUAAUGCAUUAGACUUAGUAUCAGAUUGAGAAAAGAUAUAUGUAUUUGACAAAAUUGAUCAAGUCAUGCAUCAGAUUAAUUUUUUAAGUAAAUGUUAUGCUUAUUACUAAAUUUCUCAGUAAAUCUUAGUGGCAA